ACUCCGCGACUCCUGCCCGCCAUCUUGUGGUUGUUGUGUAGGUUGUUUUGUUUGAGUUCGGCCUCUGAAAGCUGCAGCGCGAACCAUGGCCGCCCCGCUCAGCCUGAACGCCAAGCAGCCGCCGAUUCAGUCCACGGCCGGAGCCGUGCCCGUCCUCAAUGAGAAAGGUGAGGUGUCGAUGGAAAAAGUGAAAGUCAAGCGCUAUGUCUCUGGUAAGCGACCUGAUUAUGCGCCAAUGGAGUCCUCGGAUGAAGAGGAGGAAGACUUCCAGUUUGUGAAGAAGCCAAAGGAUGCAGAGGCAGAGCCUGAGGUGCCAGAGGAGCUGGCAAACGACCCUCGUCUGAAACGUCUCCAAAACCGACUCUCUGAGGAUGUAGAGGAAAGACUGGCCAGGCAUCGGAUGAUUGUUGAACCUGAGGUAGUGAUGGAGGCAGAAUCUGAGGAUGAGGGUGAACCUUGGCAUGUAGAUCGCGAGGACACCAGUGAAGAGGAAGAGGAGGAAGUGGAUGAUGAGGAAAUUGAGCGACGUCGAGCCAUGAUGAGACAGCGCGCUCAGGAAAGAGAGAACGAGGAACUGGAACUUCUGGAAUUGGAGGAUGAAGGUCGAUCUGGAGAGGAGUCAGAAGAGGAGUCAGAAUAUGAAGAAUAUACAGACAGUGAGGAUGAAACUGAACCCAGGCUAAAGCCUGUCUUUAUAAGAAGGAAGGACCGUGUCACAGUGCAGGAACGUGAGGCCGAGGCCAUAAAGCAGAAAGAGCUGGAGCUGGAAGCAAAACGCUUGAGUGAGGAGCAACGCAAAUACACUCUGAAGAUUGUGGAGGAGGAGGCCAGGCGAGAGAUUGAGGAGUCCAGGAGAACGCUGUCAGCUCUGGAUGCGCUGAACACUGAUGAUGAGAAUGAUGAAGAGGAGUAUGAGUCAUGGAAAGUACGAGAACUUAAACGCAUCAAGCGGGACAGAGAGGAGCGGGAAUCCAUGGAGAAGGAGAAAGCUGAGAUCGACCGGAUGCAUAAUCUGACUGAAGAGGAGAGGCGAGCAGAACUUAGAGCCAACAGCAAAGCCAUUACCAAUAAAGCCAGCAAAGGAAAGUACAAAUUCCUGCAGAAGUAUUAUCACAGAGGAGCCUUCUUUAUGGAUGAAGAGGAGGAUCUUUACAAACGGGACUUUAGUUCCCCGACACUGGAGGAUCAUUUCAAUAAGACCAUCUUGCCCAAAGUCAUGCAGGUCAAAAACUUUGGUCGUUCGGGACGGACCAAAUACACUCACCUGGUUGACCAAGACACCACCUCAUUUGACUCAGCAUGGGCUCAGGAGUCUGCUCAGAAUAGCAAGUUCUUCAAACAGCGGGCAGCUGGUGUGCGCGAUGUCUUUGAGAGGCCAUCAGCCAAGAAAAGGAAGACCACGUAAUCCUGGGGAGGCAGGGACAUUGUAGCCACAUGCACUUUGUGCUUUACACCAAGCAUCACUGCUCUCACACAGUGAAUCGUACCAGCGCUGGUUUCAGGUUCUAAACCCACCCUUUGACGUAUUGUUUACCUUGCUAAGAAUACUGUUCAUAAGUAAUUUAAUCGUUUUUUUAAAGAAAAACAAAUAUACUUUCUGAAGAGUUUACAACUCUGUAAUCAUGUAAUCCUUUCCUGUUGUAUUGUCAAAUAUGAUAAAAACUGAGUUCGUGAA